GCCUGCCGGCGAGGGCGGCGGCGACGGUGGCGGCGGAGACGUCGGCGGUCGCCAGGGCGGUGGCGGCGAGGGCGUCGGCGGAGACGGCGGCGGCGCCGAGGGAGGGGGCGGCGACGGUGGUGACAGCGGCGGCGGCACAGAGGGCGGUCGGGCCGACGGCGGCGGCGAGGGCGGUGGCGGAGAAGGCGGCGGCGGAGACGGUGGCGGCGGAGACGGUGGCGGUGGCGAGGGCUGCGGCGGCGAGGGCGUCGGCGGAGACGGCGGCGGCGGCGAGGGCGGGGGCGGCGACGGUGGUGACAGCGGCGGCGGCACAGAGGGCGGUGGGGCCGACGGCGGCGGCGAGGGCGGUGGCGGUGACGGCGGCGGCGGUGAAGGCGGCGGCGGAGAGGGUGAUAGCGGUGACGGCGGUGGAGGAGCCGGUGGCGGCGGCGAGGGCGGCGGCGGCGACGGCGGCUCGGUGACGGCGGCGGCGGCGGAGAGGGCGGGGGCGGCGGCGGAGAGGGCGGGGGCGGCGAGGGUGGUGACAGCGGCGGCGGCGGCGAGGGCGGCGGAGAGGGUGGCGGCGGAGAGAGCAGCGGCGGGGGCGAGGGUGGUGGCGGCGACGGCGGCGGCGGCGAGGGCGGCGGCGGCGACGGUGGUGACAGCGGCGGCGGCACAGAGGGCGGUCGGGCCGACGGCGGCGGCGAGGGCGGUGGCGGCGAGCGCGGCGGCGGAGAGGGCGGCGGGGGCAAGGGUGGAGGCGGCGAGGGCGGCGGUGAGGGCGGCGGAGACGGUGGCGGCGGAGACGGUGGCGGCGUGGGCGGCGGCGACGGUGGCGGUGGAGACGGUGGCGGUGGCGAGGGCGGCGGCGGCGAGGGCGGCGGUGGAGACGGCGGCGGCGGCGACGGCGGCGGCGGGCUGGGCGGCGGCGACGUCGGCGGCGACGGCGGCGGUGACGGCG